AUGCACACCCUCAUUACUCGUUCAUAUAAAUUUUGGGACUAUGCGCCCUCGAUACCCGCCGCUGUCAUUUUCAUGCUGAUAUUUGUUGUCUUGACAUGCCUUCAUCUCUGGAAGAUCAUGAAGGCUAAAACCAUAUUUUGCAUCCCUUUCACUGUUGGCGGAUUGUUUGAGAUAAUCGGCUAUAUAGGCCGCUGCAUUGCCCACAACAACACAACAACAAUGGGUCCAUACAUAAUUUCAUACAUAUUCAUUCUACUCGGCCCAACGCUCUUUGCUGCUUCCAUAUACAUGACCCUCGGUCGUCUCAUGCGCCGCGUGAAAGGGGAGCAUCUUUCUCCAAUCCGCGUCUCUCGCUUGACAAAGACUUUUGUGGCAGGUGAUGUCCUAUCCUUCGUCGUCCAGGGCAGCUCAUCCUCUCUUUCAGUGAUGGGAUAUGCAAAAUGGGCAAAGGUUCUCGUCAUUCUCGGAUUAGUGAUUCAACUUGUCUCAUUUUCACUUUUCUGGUUGACAGCCAUCGUUUUCGCGAAACGAAUUCGUCGCUCUUCCACAGAUGAGUCGACCUCGUUUUCUUGGGAGAAAUUCUUACAUAUGCUAUACUUUGUCAGUGCUCUGAUCAUUGUACGCUCUAUCUUCAGAAUUGUGGAGUAUGCCCUUGGUAAUGAUGGCUAUCCAUUAAUGCACGAGUGGACGAUUUAUAUCUUCGACAGUGUGCCGAUGGCGAGUGUUAUGAUUGUCUUUUUCAUUUGGUAUCCGAGCCAGCUUAGAACGGAUACAGACCAGGAGGGCAAGAUACCACUUACGCAGAGUUAUAAUUCGGUAUAG